GACUCGGUUUUCCGAGUGGCACCAUCUCUCUCAGUUCUUGAUCCUUGAACAUGAGAUUAGAUAUUAUCUUUCACUAGUUUCAUCUAGAUAUAUUGUAUUUUAUGAAAUAUACGUCACUGUACACGACUUUUUGUCUUUUCUAAACACGUGCAACAGGCGUUAACUAUGGCGGAAACGGUGGGAAAGACAAUUACCUGUAAAGCUGCUGUAGCAUGGGAGGCAAAGAAACCAUUAGUUCUGGAAACAAUAGAAGUUGACCCACCAAAAGCUGGUGAAGUUAGAAUCAAGAUUCUGGCUACAGGAGUUUGUCAUACAGAUGCAUAUACUCUAGAUGGGUUUGACCCUGAAGGAAUUUUUCCAGUUGUAUUAGGACAUGAAGGUGGUGGUAUAGUAGAAAGUGUUGGUGAAGGAGUCACAUCUGUACAACCAGGUGACCAUGUUGUGCCAUUGUAUAUACCUCAAUGCUAUGAAUGCAAAUUCUGCAAGAGUCCAAAAACUAAUCUUUGCUCAAAAAUAAGGGCUACUCAAGGUAAAGGUGUAAUGCCUGAUGGGACAUCAAGAUUUAGAUGUAACGGAAAACAGUUAUUUCAUUUUAUGGGAACCAGUACAUUUAGUGAAUAUACAGUUGUAGCAGAAGUGUCUGUUAGUAAGGUAGAUGUUAAUGCUCCAUUAGAUAAAGUAUGUUUAUUAGGUUGUGGAAUAUCUACUGGUUAUGGUGCUGCCUUAAAUACAGCUGGAGUAGAGCCUGGUUCAACAUGUGCUGUAUGGGGAUUAGGUGCUGUAGGGUUAGCUGUUAUUAUGGGAUGUAAGAAAGCUGGUGCUACUAGAAUUAUUGGUGUUGAUAUUAAUGCAGACAAAUUUGCAGUAGCUAAAGAAUUUGGAGCAACAGAAUUUUUGAACCCAAAAGAAUUUGAACAACCAAUUCAACAAGUUAUUGUUGAUAAAACUGAUGGUGGAUGCGAUUACACAUUUGAAUGUAUUGGAAAUGUUGGAACCAUGAGAGCUGCAUUAGAAGCCUGUCAUAAAGGAUGGGGUGUAUCAACUAUUAUUGGUGUAGCUGGUGCCGGUCAAGAAAUAUCGACCAGACCAUUUCAGUUAGUCACAGGAAGAGUGUGGAAAGGCUCAGCUUUUGGAGGAUGGAAAAGUCGGGACAGUGUACCAAAAUUAGUAGAUGAGUAUAUGAAGAAGGAAUUGAAAGUAGAUGAGUUUGUUAGUUUUACACUACCACUAGAUAAAAUCAACGAAGGAUUUGAUUUGAUGCAUAGUGGGAAAAGUAUUCGUUCUGUCAUUACAUUAUAAAGAAAGUUGAAGAAAAACAGCAAUGGUUUUUGAUGCCUCUAUUCCUGGUGAUUUACAUCACUAUUGUUAUUGAAAUGAUUUAAGAUAAAAUAAUCAGAUAUCAGAAAUAUAUUAUACUGAUUUGAUAUUCUUAAAUCAUCUUGUUAAAUAAAGUCAGACUUUAUAAAUAUAUACAUCCAAUUAUGUUGGUAUUAUUGUGGCAUUACAGUACUAUAUUUGUUAAAUAAAUUCUUUCUUAAGUA